UACGGCUCCCAUGCCCGGUAGUCACCUGCCUACGCACCUUCACAAAAUAUAGAAUGUGGAACUUUACACAGCUGACGUUCGUCCUUCUCAGCGUUGCCGUUUUGGCCCGAGGAGCGAGUCUCCCAGACGGCACCACAGAGGCUGACUGUUCCCAGUACAGCAUGCCCAUGUGCCCCCGGAACUAUGAGCCAGUGUGUGGAAGCGAUGGCACCAGCUACUCUAACGAAUGCAUGCUGUGCUUUGAAAACAUGGAGCAGAAGAGUGACGUUCACAUCAGGCGUAAAGGAGAGUGCUGAACCAGACGUGACCGUCCAUCGUCUCAGCGACACACCAGGCCCUCAACAUUACUUUGAACCAUUUCCUGUUGCCUUGUCAAAACACUGACCUCUAUUCUAUUGCCUUCUAAACGCUGACGAGUCAGUAAGCUGUCUCAAUAUACUCAACACCUGUUUCCUUCUCCAAACCUUACGUGCUUUGUCAAAGUCUUCUGUAGAGCACUUAACCCUUCACUAGCUAGUCUUUAAGACUUGUGUAGUGUACUUCUUGGUAAUAAAAUGAUCAACUUGUAAAAUGGUAUUUUAAAUAGAGUAGUCUUCAUCGUGUUAGCUUCACUUGUCCACCUUUUUAUCUGUAAUUAAAACUAUUUUAACAGUCA